AUGGUCGCCCUCACAUACUUGGCACUUGCUGCCACGGCCGUCUCGGCCGCCUUGGCUGCCCCCACGGCUGAGGCCGACGCGCCUGACUUUGUCAUCGGCCCCUCUGAGGCGGCUCUGGAGGCCCGUCAGGACUACAACCAGAACUACAAGACGGGAGGCAACGUCAACUUCCAGCCCAGCAACAACGGCUACUCGGUGUCCUUUUCUGGUGCCGGUGAUUUCGUCGUCGGCAAGGGCUGGAAGACGGGAACCACCCGGAACAUCACGUUUGACGGCUCCACCUCCCACUCCGGUGGCACUGUCCUCGUCUCCGUCUACGGCUGGUCCCGCAACCCGCUCGUCGAGUACUACAUUACCGAGUACGCGUCCGACGGCAAGGGCUCCGCCCAGGGCAGCAAGGUCGGCACCGUCGAGAGCGACGGGUCGACAUACGAUGUUUGGAAGCACACACAGGUCAACCAGCCGUCGAUUGCGGGCACGACGACCUUCACGCAGUACAUUUCCCAGCGGCGCACCUCGCGGCCCGGCAGCGGUACGAUUACGACCAAGAACCACUUUGAUGCGUGGGCGUCGCUGGGUCUCAAGCUGGGCUCCAUGGACUACCAGGUGCUGGCGACGGAGGGUUGGGGCAACGCUGGUGGCAACAGCAAGUACACGCUGAGCACGUAA